GUCACAUCUUAUCCAGAUUUGUAGUUUGAACUCCCAAGCGAAAGCUUCUGAUCGCUUUGCCUAGCCUUGUAUCAUCGCCUCCAUCGGCAACCCUAAGCCUAUAUGAUCCUGGUUCCACUUUGCCUGAAAGUGCGGUUCAAGGGCUUGUCUAGUCCAUGCGCUUCGUCCAGAGCUGUGAUCGCCCAGUUGGGAGUCUAUUUUGCUCUCAGCGCGGUCACAAUUCCUAUCAAGGUUGUUAGCCACAACUCUUUGGUCUUCGUUGAGGUGAUAGCCUCGAAAUUGCUGAACCGUUUUCAACAAUCUGUGAUUGUGCACCACAUGGACAUCAGACAGGACUCCAUCUUGACACUUCGAGUCUGCACUUCUGAUACUAGUCGAGCAUUUCCUACCCAGUGUGAAACGCAUGCCUCGAGGGCGCUGGUCAUAAGCAACGUGCCGUAAGAUGACGUCCGACGGCAAGGAUUCGGGUUCCCUUCAGGGGUUCCAGCUCGACCGUGUCUUGUCUGAAGACCCCAAGACGCAUGCUGCAGCCUUGCUUGGCCACUUUUCUGCGAUCAUCGACGGCAAGGACUCAAAAGAACAGGCGAUCGUCCUAGUAGAGAAGACGCACUUUGAGCAGCGAUUCUAUGCGGGUCUGGGGAAUGCUGAGUUGAAAGACGCCGUCGAGACCGGUGCACCUGAAGAACGAGCGACCAAAGUAGCAAAAACGGUGGACAGUCCAAAGGGCGCUGCGGCUGUUUCCACUCUGUCGUUCCAUCGGAAUGCGUUUGCGCUAGAACGGACGCAGAGCUUGGGCCAGAAUGACAUUUACACGUGGCUUCUAGGCUGGACAGCAAGCGAGUCCACAAGCCCGGCUGACAUCAAGAUCACAUUGAUCCGGCCUGCCUCUGAGGCUCAUGUUGCCAAGCAUAGCUCUCAGCCGAUCUACGUAGUGACCGAGACUCCGGAGAUGUACAAGGAAAAUGUAGAACCGUGGAUUCUCGCUCAGCCUCCAUCCCGGAUCCAAUGGGUGUACAACAUCCUGGAGAAGAAGAAAGAGAAAGAUUCGAUCCUGUAUGAGAACCCAGAUCCGCACACCGGCUUUGUCAUCCUGCCGGACCUGAAGUGGGACCAGAAAACGCUGUCAUCGCUGCACCUGACGGCCAUCGUGCACGACCGCUCACUGCGGUCACUGCGCGAUCUGCGCCCGGAGUCCGAGGAGCCGCGGCACGUAGAGCUGCUUCGCGCGAUCCGCGCCGCUGGGGCGCACGUCGCUUCCGUGCGCUUUGGGCUGCGUGCGCUCACUCGGUUGAAGGGCGACGAUACGGAGCACGAGAUGGGCGGCAGCGCUCUGAGGUGCUAUCUGCACUACCACCCGACAUAUUACCACCUACACGUGCACAUCACCGCAGCGGACAACGCGCUGCAGCCGGGCGCGCUGGUCGGUAAGGCGCACCUAGUCGACGACGUGAUCGACCUGCUGCAGCUCGGCGUCGAUCUGCGGCGGCGCAGCAUCGGCGUCGCACUGGGAGCUGGCAACGAGCUGUGGGACGUGCUGUACGGGGUGCGCGCAUGAGCGGGGGCGCGAGAAAGGGAGCAAGCAAGCGCUCAUCGGCCUUAACACGCCGUCACGUAGUCGGGAAACCCUGCACCGUAAGCGCUGAUGCCAUGCCAUGCGCUCCACGAAGGGAAAAAAAGCUCGUCUCGCAUCGUCAUUCGAGUACAUUUCCACGGCGUCGUAGU